AUGUCUAUACCUCUGACACUGAACUUCGUGGCGAUAUGCAUUGGCAUCUAUAUACUGAAGAGUUAUAUCUCUAAGAGAGCGUCGAACCCCUCUUCUCUGCCGUACCCUCCAGGCCCUAAACCGAAACCCAUCGUCGGCAGUCUUCUCGAUCUUCCCAAAGAAGAAUCCUGGAAGACGUAUGCCUCCUGGGGGAAGGAAUAUGGCGAUCUCAUCCAUUUCACUGUACUCGGCAAACAUUUCAUCGUCCUUAAUUCCUCCCGGGUGGCUACAGAUUUACUGGAGCGCCGUGCACACAAGUACUCUGAUAAACCGGUGACACCCACACUCAGCAUGUCGGACUGGCUGUGGGCUUUUAGUAACAUGCCUUACGGAGAGAAGUGGCGACGAUAUAGACGAGAGUUUCACCAACAGUUCAGGGCGGAGAAAAACAGAAACUAUCGCCCGAUAAUGUCACAAAGGGCUCGCCAACUGCUCCGUAAUCUCGCGGGUAAUCCCGAGCAAUUCGUGAGUUACCUCAGACAUUAUGCCGCUGCCGUCAUCAUGUCGAUCGCGUACGAUUACGAUGUUGCAUCUCAGGAUGACCGCUUUGUCUAUAUCGCAGAGGCAGCUGUCAAUAUGUUAGGCCAUUGCACUUUUCCUGGUGCCACAAUAGUCAACACUCUACCGUUCUUGCGACAUCUUCCUGGAUGGUUGCCUGGAAUGGGGGUUAAGCGAUAUACGGAAGAAUGUAGAAAGCUCACCUUGGAGAUGAGGCACGCUCCUCUUGAGCUCGUGAGGAAGCGUAUGGCGUCCGGUGUUCCCUCCGAUUGUGUGGCUGCCAACCUUAUCGACCGCUUUUCGGCUCGAGGUGGUACAUUGGAAGAGAACGAAGAAACUAUCACGGACGUUGCGGCCAUGGCAUACGCCGCUGGCGCUGAUACGACGGUCUCGGCACUGACGACUGCCUUCCUUGCUAUGACUUUAUACCCCGAGGCCAGGAUGAAGGCGCAAGCAGAAAUCGACAAAGUUAUCGGCACUAGCAGACUGCCUGGAUUCGAAGAUAAGGAUUCUCUACCGUAUUUAGAGGCAUUCAUCAGGGAGGUUUUCAGGUGGCGUCCGGUAGCUCCAUUAUCUAUCCCCCACGUCGUGAUGGAGGACGACGUAUACGAAGGCUAUUUCAUACCCAAAGGAACGAUCGUGAAUACAAACUUAUGGGCGAUGCAGCAAGAAGAGAGCAUGUUCGGCGACGAACCAGAGAAAUUCAAACCCGAGAGGUUCUUGAACCCUGACGGGAGCCUUAAUGACCGUUUCCCUGACGCGACCUUUGGUUUGGGCAGAAGGCAUGCAUCAUGCGCGGGGCGUCACACGGGGUUCGACACAGUAUGGGUUGGGAUUGCUCAUGUACUGGCAGCGUUCGACGUAAGCAAAGCGAAAGACGAGGCCGGGAACGAGAUAGACGUCGUGGAAAAAUACGUCGACGCCCUUGUCAGUCACCCAUUGCCGUUUGCCUGUAGUAUAAUGCCCCGCAGCAGACACGCUGAGACCCUAAUUAACGAGCUGCUGCCGCUGGCAGCGGCAGAUGAGGUCAAAAUAUAG